GGCUAAGGCUCAGCAUUAAAAGCUCUGCCUACGCGCUGCGCCCGCCCACCCUUGGAGGAACGGGCAAAAGAGUAUAUAUAAUUUAAGGCUCAUCAUAAGAAGCAUCCAAACCAUUCAACCAAUCUUACUUGCUUUCCAUAACAUCCUUUCCUCACACAACAUCAAAUAAGACUUCCUUCGUUCACUGAAUCCAGCAUAAACACAAGGAAAGAUCAUAUCAUCUUUAUACCAUUAACAUACCCAAUCUAGCACUGUGGAGGUGAUCGUAUUGGAUCAGGCGAAUGUUCAAACAGCAUAUGCAAUAAACCAUUCGUUCCAUUGAACGACAAGGUGUAAUUUUAUGACGCCACCAAAAGGUCAAGCAAUAUCCAUCCCGAAUCAGCCCUCUGCUCAGCCAUCUUCAUCAUCACAAAGUCGGAUCGUUACGCCUUUAUUUGACCCACAUGGGUUGGGAUCGGCUUUGGCCGAUUCGACCGAUGAAGAAUAUCAAGUCCUCCCAAAGAACGAUCCUCCCAUUGCUCAAGAUGACCGAGAAAACAGUGAGAAGAACCAAAGUGCUUCACAUGCGGAAGAGGCCAACAGACGAGGGAGGCGAAGGAGAAGUUCAGAAUUUGUGACACUGCAAUCGGAAGCUUCUCAUCCGAACAAUGCAGCCGCUGGCACGACCGGAUCAAUGCCAUCUCCAGCACCUAAACGUGAGGAAUCUACGGCAUCACAAUCCUCUCGACUAUGGUGGCAGCGUGGUGAAGAUGGAGGGGCGGGAGAUAUGACCUCUUCUGAGGUGGUAAGAACGCCUUCGUCUUCGAUUAACCGACAACGGCCGGUGAUUGAUGUGAAUAUUCGACAAGCACGAAGCAGACAGGCUUCUGAUGGGACUACAGGCUCAUCGCAAUCACCGAUGAUUCGCUCACCGGCUGCGGCUUUUCUCUCUAGCAUGAACGAUUCGCUAGCAUCACCGCCUUCUUCGGUAAUUUCAACUUCUGGUGGGCGCAAUUAUUCGUUGAGUCCAUCUCGCAACGGAAAUCUUGCAUCGUCCACUUUUGAUGCAAUCGGCUCUUCGAUGCCCAAUACGCGGUCAAUGCCAGGAAGUCAAGAAUCAGCUGGGCAACUGGGAUUGGCAAGAGCAGCAGCUCAACUGUACAACACUGUUCAAGCCAGCCCAAGCUUACAGAGCAUGUCUUCUUUCUCUGGUCAUCAUGUUACAACCAUCAAACCUGACGAAGAAGGGGCAAGGUUGGGUCCGGGAGGACGAUAUAUUCUGGGUAAGACGAUUGGCUUUGGUGGAUUUUCUACCGUACGUGAAGCAUGGGAUAUGGGUGAAGGUGCAAAGACGGAUGCAGUUGACGACAAUGAGACCAAGAAUUGGCAUAGAGUCGCUGUCAAGAUUGUUUACUCGUCUGAUAAUGAUCAGAAGGAGAAUAUUGAACAGACCGCUCAAAACCAAGCGUCCAAAGAACAUUCUGACGAGUUAGAGCUGUGGAAGUCUAUACCAGCUCAUCCGAAUCUUCUACCGCUCCUUUAUCAUGAACGUAUUCAUUUGGAUGAAACGACAAUGGCGAACGGAACUAGCAAGACGAUCGAUUUUCUGGUCAUGCCUUUCUGCGAAGGGAACCUUUUGACAUAUGUGAGGUUGAACGGUGAAUCUCUGCAGGACAUUCGAACAGGACCUUCUUCUAGGAAGAAUUCGGUGGUUGAUACCGGACUAGAAAGAAGUGCUUCAAAUAGAAGCUCACGCGAUGCAGCAGAUCAAUCUGAAAAUCCGACAACUCGAUAUAAUCGAACUGGAUCCGGAUUCAUCCCUCAUGGCCAUCGCUCAAAUACGGCAAAUGAUCGAAUCGUUUCUGCACCUCUGUCUGUCUUGUUGGCGCGUUCAUCGUCCUUGGCAACUUCACCGGCAUCAAACGCAUCUCCUGGAAAGUCUGUUGGUAGUUUGCAAACAGGGUCUAUCUUACGCAGUGCAUCUAUGCGACAAAGACAAGCAUCGAUCCAGCCCAGUCGAGGUCUGCCAGUUUCAGUUGCCAAAGACGUUUUAAGACAAGUUGCUGAAGCUCUUUUGUGUUUGCAUCACAAAGCUAGUGUUCUGCAUGGCGAUAUCAAGCUCGAGAAUGUACUUGGACAACAAUGGAUUGCACCACAUACACAUCAUCCGUCCACAAGCUCAGAAGAAGCAAUGGAUCUGCCCUUUGGUGCCUCACGAAAGCACACAAGAUCAAACGAUUCAGAUCUCUCUUCAAAUCCAUUAGAUCCAACUACUAACGUCUCAAUCUGCUGGCGUGUGGCAGAUUUCGGCUUGGCACGCAAGAUACCCAGUAAAGAAGAAGUGAAGGGUGAACCUGAAGGUCAUUGGGUUCCUUCUUUGGGUCAUGCACGUACUUAUGGUCAUCGAACAAGCAAGCAUAAUCAAACGGCAAUCUCUCAAGCAGCCACCCAUUUACGCAGACAUAGCUCUUAUGCAGGAGGCAUAAGUUCGGCUCAACCACGCUCACAGGCAGGAUCGUUGGCCUAUGCCGCCCCUGAGAUCUUUCUGAUGCCCGAAAUGGAUGACCCCGAUGGAGUUUCACCUUUUGCUCCUGAUAUGUGGGCCUUGGGUUGCGUCGUCUAUGCACUUUUUGCAGGUCGAUUGCCAUUCUCGGAUACGUUUGAGCCGCGAUUGCAGAACAAGAUCAUACAAGGAAAAUGGGAUUUGCCAGAAAGGCUCAAGAGACGUACGCAACGACCUGAAAAGAGGAUGAAGUUGGGCGAUACCUCAUCAACUACAAAUGGAGACACUUCAAUGAGUCGUGCAGAAAGCUUUGGAGAAGGCUCACAUCUUAGACGGCAAACGGUUCAGCAAGGAGAUAAUCGAGAGUCAUUCAUAUCAGGUCUUGCGCGCAGGGCUACUGAAGGAGUACCGGUAGAUAUGAGCGCAAGCAUGCCUAGCUUGCCACCAAGAAGAUCCGAUGCGAUGACGAAAAGUGAUAGCAAUCAGUCUAUCAUCAUUGCCGAUCAGAGUGAAUUGUCCAUGUCACAAAACAUAGGUGAAGAAGAUCCAAUGUCUGAUGAUGAGACGACGGAUGUUGACUUUGACGGCAAGAGCAAAGAUCGUGUUGCCAUCAGACGCAUUCUACAUGGCUUGCUCGAGCCUGAUGCAACGAAACGGUGGACUAUCCUACAAUUAUCGCAAGAUGAAUGGAUCUCAGGUGGUGCCGGAACGGAAUUCGGUUCUGAGAGUGUAAUAGCUGGCCUGCCAUCUGCUAUUUCGUCAGAAAGGCUUAAGCAACCCCCCAAUUCAGACUUACCAUCAAGUUUGCGAGAGGCAAUUGAUCCACGACCGAGCAAUGUUGCCCAUACAACCAUUCCUGAAUACGAUGAUGUGCCGGAAUUGGAACAAGAUAACUUUGCCGAGACUCACAAGAAACGUUCUUCUUAUUUUUCAGGCUAUAUGGAUGAACAGCAAGGCGAUAUCAGACGUGGACGUGCGCCUAGACGUGCAAAUGUUGGAGAAGAACCAACGAAUAAAUCCAAACCGAUUGCAAUCGAUCGUAGCAAGAGUAGAAGUAGAAGUCGGGUACGUGAUGAUACAAGCGUUUGGGGACCGGAUAUCACGCCAGGAGGAGGAUUCAAUCGGAGACAACAACAACAACAGCAACAGCAAGAGAUUCGUAAUUCUCCAUCGUAUGAAUAUCGCCCUCAAUUGGGUACGUCUGUUUCCGAUACAAGAGCUCUUCCUACUAGAACUACUCGUAGCAGCAGUGUCGAUCAACAUCAUGGUCGUGGCAGAAGAUUGAUAAAAAGUCAAGGUGGCGCAGGUACAGGGAAUGACGAGCACAUUGGCAGAAAAGGCGAAAGGAGUGAGAGUAGAAGCGCAAGCGGUAGUGGUAGAGGAGGAAGCCGGAGCAGGAGUAGAAGUAGAAGAGCCGAUUUGGAUUUGAUCAUGCCACAGCUAUCUUUGCAUCGUAGUCAUUUGGCACACGAAGUAGAAGAUGUUUCAAGUAGGGAGGCAUCACCAGCACCUGCUGCUGCUUUGCAUCCUGACGAUCAUAACGUUGAACGUACUUCGACUUGGAAGAGCCCUUUCCGAGCUCGAGAUCGAUUGGUAGCCAAUUUAAAGGGAGGCAGUGGACAAAACAGUAGCGGAACAAGCACACCAAAAGAUCGCAGAAUAUCCGCAACAGAACCUGCAACUGAUCAAAUUUCCGAAGAGCAUCAUAGCCAGAAUGAAGAACGACCUUGGUGGCAGCGCGGACCUAAUUCGAAGCAUUGAACAUAUGGGAAAACCAAAAAAUGUAUCGAUAUACCCUUUUAUGUACAUUAAUCUUUUUGCGCACCACAACUCAAGUGUAGAAUUUGUACCAUGCUCAUUCUUUCAAUUAAUAUCAUAUACCAUUAUC